AUGUCUUCUUCAAACACAAUUUCAAGUUCUUGGGCUUCCUUUUCUGAUAAAGAACAGGAUGAAUUUGACGCGGAAGAAGACAUUGGAGCAGAGGAAAAAAUGCUUAUGACUAGCAAUAGAGAUGCAGUUAUUUUUGUAAUCGAUGCAUCUUUGUCAAUGAUGAAAAAAAGCCAAUCAGAUGGAGUCGAUGAAGCGGUACAGGUUGCAGAGAUUCCGUUCCGUUCAGCAAUUCAUUGUAUUUCAGAAGUAAUGACAUCUAAACUUUUAUCCGAUAAUAUAUCUGAUCUUAUCGGUGUAAUGUUCAUGGGAACGAAAAAAUCAUCAAAUACGCUUCAAAAAGAACAUGUUUUUGUUCUUCAUAAUCUUGAUUCACCUGAUAUUCAGAGAGUUAAAGAAUUAAACAAUAUUGGAUCAGGUGAGGUCGAGUUUGAUAAUGAAUAUGGAAGUACGGAUGAAGAAUAUCCAAUCGGAGACGUGUUUUGGAUUUGUAGUGAAUUAUUCAAUAAAGAAACUUCUAAAACUCUAAAGACAAAGAGAAUUUUCUUAAUUACUGAUCAAGACAACCCACACGUAUCAAAUCCAGUUUUACGUAGCACUGCGAUAACUCGUGCAAGGGAUUUGACCGAAUCUGGUAUCCAAAUUAAUCUAUUCAGCUUAAAUAAGCCGGAUCAUGUUUUUAAUUUCAAUGCCUUUUAUUCGGAAAUCAUUCAAAGUGAUGAAAUCGACGAAAUCCCUUACUAUAAUGCACAAAAUAACUUUGAAAGUCUUGUUUCCCAAAUUAUGGCUAAAGAGUCACCAAGGAGAUCUUUGUUCUCGAUACCAUUUCGUUUGUUUGGAGGUGAUGAAGGAACUCCUGAACUUACAAUUGGUAUUAAAGGUUAUGCCAUGGUUAUUGAGAAAAAGAAACCGUUAGCAAGAAUGGUACACAUGAGGUCAGAAACUACACGACUUGCUGAGUCUAGAACGAAAUAUGUUUGCAUGGACACAACUCAAGAGCUGAUGUCUGAUGAUAUAAAGUAUUGUUAUGAUUAUGGAGGCGAAAAGAUAGCAUUUACUAAAUCUGAAGUUGCCGAAUUAAGAAGAUUUGGGCAGAAAGGUCUUACUCUUAUCGGCUUUAAGCCAUCAAGUGUCGUUAAGAUUCAUUACAAUAUUGACCACCCAUCAUUCUUAUAUCCUGAUGAAGGAGUGAGUAGCAGAAGAACAUUUGCAGCGUUGCAUAAAAAAAUGCUAGAAAUGGACAAAGUUGCAAUAUGUUACUUUGUCAAACGUGAUAACUCUCUUCCUUCUUUUGUUGCACUCAAAGCCCAGGCCGAAAAAUUAGAUGAAGAGAAACGACAGAUGAUCCCCCCUGGGCUCAAUAUGAUACAUCUUCCAUUUGUUGAUGAUAUCAGACCGCUUCCACCUCAUGCUGAAAUUACAUCUGCUCCGGAUGAGAUGAUUGAUCUUUUAAAACCAAUUGUUGAUAAAUUGCAUAUGAAAGACGGAUUUGAUCCAUGCAAAUUCAAUAAUCCUGAAUUUGAACGCUUCUAUGAUGUAUUACAAGCUAUGGCAUUUGAGAAGGACAUUCCUCUAGGCGUUGAGGAUUCGACCCGUGUCGGAAAGAUUAUUGAGGCGUUCAAUCAUGAGUCAGAUCAACGAAGUGUAGAAUUGCUUGCCAACCAAAUGACAAUUCAAUCUAAAAAAUCAACAUCUCGUGGAACUCGUGGAACUAGUUCAUCUGUAUCAUCCAAUGUUGAUAUAAAAUCUUUGUGGGAGAAGGGAAAGGCAACAGUAGAUCAACUAAAAGCAUAUAUUCAAGCAACUGGAGCAAAGCCAGAUCGUUUAAAAGCUGAUUUAAUUAAUCAAAUUGAAG